AUGCUGUCUCAAUACACUCUUUCAGCACUGGCGGUGCUGGCAUCGCUUGCCCAGCCCGCGCUCGCUCAAGUCUCGACGAAAUGUAAUCCGAUGAACACAACCUGUCCUGCCGAUCCGGCUUUUGGUAUGGACUUCAACUUCAACUUCAACUCUACUCCCUCGACCGAUGCUUGGGAAACCACCGUCGGCCCUGUCACGUACACCUCCGACAAUGGGGCGGAAUUCACUAUUAGCAAGCAAGGCGACUCUCCCACGAUUCGAUCCAAGUUUUACUUCUUUUGGGGUCGUACCGAGAUCCAUAUGAGGGCCGCCAAGGGAAAGGGAAUU